AUGGCAACACAAGGCGGCAACAACAUUUUGGCUGGGCCAACAUCAGACGAUAUACACCAGCUAUCUACUCCCAACACAGAGACAAUCUCUGCUGGAAGUCCUGCGCCACAGUCCCGAAGUGUAAUCGAUGAAGAAUUGGCAAUAUCACGUUCGGCUACAGCUUCCACCCAUCAUCACAACAUUUCAGACGAUCCAUAUGCGCUGCGAGGGUACAAACGAGAUGACGAAUCGAAUGACUCUUCACAGCCAACCACCUCAAAUCUUACUAGACGUAAAGGCAAGAAGGUGAAAAGGUACUACAACAGACAGAACGCUCUCAUUGAUGCGUAUCUCGGAAGUCAUGACGAAGAACAGCUUGAGGUUGAGGACACCCUCAAAAAUGGAGGCAAAGUCAAAUUCGCAGUCAACGCGAGUUUUGUUGUUAAUUUCUUCUUGUUUAUCAUUCAAAUGUAUGCAGCCAUAUCGACAGGCUCGCUGUCUCUGUUUGCGACUGCCGCAGAUGCAUUCAUGGAUCUUGUAAGCUCCAUCGUCAUGUUGAUCACAUCUCGACUCGCGGCAAAGCCAAAUAUUCAGAAGUUUCCUGUCGGUCGGAAAAGAGUUGAAACUGUGGGAAUCAUUUUGUUCUGUGCACUGAUGACUACGGUGUCCAUACAGUUGAUUAUUGAGUCCGUCAGAUCUCUUGUAAGGGGACCCUCAGAUGCCGAGGAAUUGCACAUUAUCCCAAUUGUUUUUGUAUCUGUGGCUAUAUUUUCCAAGGGUACACUAUUCGUCUAUUGUUUUAUCCUCCGACGUUAUCCUGCAGCCCGAAUUUUCAUGAUUGAUCAUCGUAACGACAUUGCCGUCAACCUUUUCGGUCUCAUAAUGUCCAUCGUUGGAACAAGAUUCGCGAAAGUCUGGUUCCUCGAUCCCACUGGUGCUAUAUGUAUUGCUGUCUUGAUUCUCUACUCGUGGUCAUCGACUGCAUUCGAGCAUAUGUGGUAUCUGGUAGGAAAGUCCGCACCCAGGGAGUUUCUCAACAAGCUGGUCUACGUUUCGGUAACCCACGAUAAGAGAAUUCAGAAGAUAGAAACCGCUCGUGCAUAUCAUGCGGGAGACAAGUUUUACGUCGAAGUAGACAUCAUCAUGUCCCAGGCGGAGACUUUGAAAGUCACUCAUGAUGUAUCGCAAACUCUUCAGCGGAAACUUGAAGGUCUUUCGGAUGUCGAGCGAGCCUUUGUGCAUGUCGAUUACGAGGACUCGCAUGACAUCGCGACAGAACACAAGGCAUUAUACGAAGUGAAGGUUGCCGAGACAAAAGUUCCAAUUGCAGAGCGAAUCAAGAACAAGUUCAAGCGGGAUUCUUGA